UCCGGUCAAUGACAUGAGGCCCGUGGUGAACCAUCUUGCCGCUCGUGACUCUUGGGCUUAUCCCGGUCAAUGACAGGCCUACUGCUGCUGCCGACGUGGCGGGGCGGAAGAGGAGCCGCUGGCACCAAACGGAUCACCAUGUCCCAGGCCGACCUCUCUGAUGCAGACCCCACCCCUCCGCCCGCCCAGCCCCCCAUCGCCGACCCAGACCCCCUCCCUCAGGAUGUCCCAGCAGCCACCGCGCUGCCUUCGGCCCCCCCGCAGCCCCCUCUCACCCCCGAGGGUUCAGGUCUUCCACGGUCCGCGGAGGAGACGGCCCAGGAGGACCCCGACCCCCAGCCAGGGGGCCAGGCCGACCGACCGGAGCCCCCCGCCGAGGGUCAGGUGACUGAGUGUGACCAACCGGUGAGCCUGGAGCCCGACACGGAGGCUGCAGGGGAGGACGUGGAGAAGUCACCCCAGGAGAAAGAUAAAGGCUGGGGAGGCUGGAGUUCAUGGGGAAAGUCUCUUCUGAGCAGCGCCACCUCCUCCGUGGGUCAGAGCUUGACCUCGGUUAAGGCGAAGGCGGGAGAAGCUCUCCGUCUGCAGAGGACCUCGGUGGGAGAGGAGGCGCAGGAAGCGGAGGAGGGAGCGGAGGAGAAGAGCGAGGGAGGAGGUGAAGGCGGAGAGGCCGACGCGUCGAGCUCCGAGGAGUCGUCUCCUGCCGGCGCCGCCGCCGCCGCUUCGGGCAGAGGCGUCUUCUCUACAAUCACACACGCCGUGCAGAACACUGGCAAGUCAGUGAUCAGCGGAGGCCUGGAUGCCUUGGAGUUCAUUGGAAAGAAAACCAUGACCGUUCUUGCGGAGAGUGAUCCGGGUUUCAAAAAGACCAAGACCCUGAUGCAGAAGACGGCCUCGCUGAGUCAGAUGUUGAAGGAAGCCAAGGAGAAGGAGCGAGCCCGUCUGACUAACCAUCCGAUCAGCGCUCCCACGGCUCACUACGGUAUUCUUUUUGAUGACUACCAGGGCUUGUCACACCUCGAGGCUCUGGAGAUCCUGUCCAACGAGAGUGAGGCCAAAGUUCAAGCCUUCCUCUCCUCCCUGGCGGAAGAGGAGCAGGAGCAGGUGAAGAAGGAGCUGAUUCUCAUCAAAGAGAUUUUCAUCAAGCAAGACGAGGAGGAAGGAGGGGAGGAAGGAGGGGAGGAAGGAGGACAGACGAAGGAUAACGGUGAUCUAAGUUCCCAAUUACACUGUUCUACCCCCUUAACUGCGGACGGCGAGGAGUUUGUGAGCGUUCUCACCGAGCUGCUGUUUGAACUUCACGUUGCUGCCACUCCGGACAAACUCAACAAGGCUCGGAUGAGGGCCCACGAUUGGGUGAGCGAGGUUGAGCAGCCUGUCACUACGGAGACAGUUGGCAGGGAAACGCAGGACCAGCCGGGAGGAGAGAAGAGAAAGGAGGAGGAAGAGGAGGAGGAGAAGAAAGAUGGAGAGGAGCACGGGGAGAAGAUGAAGAGCGAGGGGGAGGAGACGGAGGGAGGAGAGGAGGAAAAGAAGGCUGGAGAGAGCGACCCCAGAUCUGUGGAGGUUGUCUACCUUUCAUCGGUGGGCAGUUUGGCAGAAGUGACGGCGCGUAGUAUCGAGCAGCUCCACAAGGUGGCGGAGCUCAUCCUCCACGGCCAGGACCUGGAGAAACCAGCCAGAGAACAGGCACACAUCCUCACCAGGUUGACUUGUGCCAUGUGUAAGGAGGUGGACUGUUUAGCCAAGAAAUUCUCUGCUACGCUGCUUCUCGUCGGGGGCCAGAGGAAGGCGGAGGAGUUGAAUCCACUGGUGGAUAGUGUCCUGCUGGAGGGCUCCAACAGCACCAACUACAUCCAGAAUGCACUUCAGCUGCUGCUGCCCGUCCUGCAGAUCUCCCACAUCCAGAGCCAACGCUGCCGAGCCGCCACAGAGGAGGCAGCACAGAUACAGCACUAACACACACACUACUACUACCACGACUCACUCACCCGCUUGUCUUAAUAUAUCUGUUGUUGUACAGUAAACAAUAGGGAAUAGAUAUUCCAGAUUAAGUGCUUUUAUCAACAUUAAGUGCCAUAUAGUAGGAGCAGACAGACUGUAUUGUUAUAUAUACAUUUAUAUAUAUAUAUAUAUAUACAGAGAGAGAGAGAAUAUAAUCUUGAAGAUAGCAAUUUAAUUAUCGGUAGAGACGACCCACAUGCAGGUCGUACGCGUGUCUCCUUCACCUCGUAUCCACGAAUGUUACUUCGUCUGUUUUGCUGAUGAUGUUUUGCUUUAAGGAAUCAAACAGUGUUUUUCGAGCUCAGUGUGUAACAAACAACGAUGUUUCUGCGUCGCCUCCAACAGCUGAACCAAAAAACUGAAAAUGACUGAUUGUACAGAAAGGGAAGCGCUCUGCGUUAACGUGUGAGAAGCUUAACUUUGCACCUUUUUUUGCUCCUUUUUGUUUCAGUAGGAAAAUGACUAACGCUAGUGGAGCAUUUAUUUUGUGGCUUAAAUCUGGUUCGAGAUAGACGCCAGUAUUAGUGAUUAUUCACGGUUGAUCAUGGUGAUUUCUUAUGUGUUAUGUUUUUUUUGUUUAUGUUAAAUUAUAUGAAGCAACACUACCUUAUAUUUCAUCCUGUUUGGUAAACAAACACAUUUUCAUACUUUUGUGUAGAAUAAAGGGCGUAAUGUGGGCAAAUGAAUCUCUAAUUAUGUUUAAAUGUAGGAAUAGUCGUAGAGUAGGUCAUACCUGCACUGGGAAUAAUGUGGAAUAUAAUAUUAAUAAUAUUAAUAAUAUUAAUCUUUAAAUGAAAAAGUGUAAUUUCAUUCAGAUUUCCGUUAGAGCUGAUUUUGAGAGCACUUUGUGGGUUAGUAGCCUCGUACAGAGCAACAUUAUCGUCCAACUGUAGUUGUGCUUCCAAGUAAUUAAACUGCUUUAUGAUUCAUGGCAGCAGCAAAAUAUACAUGUUCGCCCAGAACUUACUGAACAAUGAGCUAAUAUUCACUACAAAGCACCGUAGAGCCACACAUUUGCAGGUUCAAAUCAUUACCGCUAUCGUCUUUUGUAUUUGGCAUCCUGCACCACGUCAUCUGCUUACAAUAUAGAACAGAAUAGUCUUUUAUUGCCAUUGUAUAUGUAAUACAACGAAAUUGAUAGGAUACAUACACAUACAAACAUUAUUAAAUGCAGUGCUUCCCCCUGUUUCCAGUAUUUAUGCUAAGCUAAGCUAUGCUAAGCUAACUGGUUGCUCUUGCGUUCCAUUUUUUUCAUAUUUUCCUCCCGAUUAAAAUCUUUCAUCCGGUAACUCAUCGCCUCGAUCUACAUUUAUACGCCUCUUACUCCCCAGACGUAUCGAGCAGUCCUGCAGCUCUCUGUCUGUUUCCUCUGAAUAUAUGGCUCAGCCGGUUCGCCCCCUGCACACAUUUAUUUAGAUCUGGAUUCCUCUCCUUUACUUCUGCUUUUCCCAUUUUAGAGAUGCAUUGAUGUGGGCGAGAAAAGCCAUUAAGCCGAAGAAAAUAUCAUUCAGUCCAGUCAAAAGGUUUUGGCUGCUUUCAGCUGUAACCAGAUGGAGUAAGGCUGUUUGCGUCUGCUGUGGAAUACAAAGUGACUCGUACUGCAGAUAAAGAAAUGUCCAAAUCAUACGUGGAUGAUGUAUUAAAUCUGUCUUCUAAUCAAGUGCCCAAAGACUGAAGAUGAAAUGUGGACAAUAAACAAGUUUAACCAUC